AUGGGCCUCGCGCAAUUUAACCCCUUCAAAAAGGACCGCCAGAACUUCCCCGGCGUUGUCAUCCCGCUCGCUGACGCCCCCGCCCAUCUCACGAAAUUGUCAGAGACAGAUGAUAAAGAGUCCAGUAAGAGCUUGGACCACGCGUCUUCGUCCGAGAAUGGCGUUGCGGGCUCGCAUACUAGCGCGACGCAUUUGACACUUGAAGCGCUCCGCGCGGAAAUCGAGGCCGAUCUCGCUACUGCUUCUCAUGACUCGACUUAUGAUCGCAAGGCAAAGGUUAUCAAUAGGGCUUUGCAGGAUAUUGGUAUGGGCCGGUAUCAGUGGCAAUUGUUUUUCCUUUGUGGUUUUGGUUGGACUGCGGACAACCUUUGGCUUCAGGGAGUUGCUUUGACUUUGACUCCGAUUUCUUAUGAAUUUGGAAUUUCUAGCACAUGGGUUCGUUUCACAACUUGUGCUUUGUUCUUGGGACUUUGCCUGGGUGCUUCCUUUUGGGGUGUUGCCUCUGAUAUCGUUGGCCGUCGUCUUGCUUUCAACACCACCUUGUUCCUGGCUGGUGCCUUUGGCCUGGCUGCCGGUGGUGGUCCCUCGUGGAUUGGAACAUGUGCUUUGUUUGCUUGCUUGGGUCUCGGCGUGGGUGGCAACUUGCCAGUUGAUGGUGCUCUUUUUUUGGAGUUCCUGCCCUUCGUCUCCGGUAACAUGCUGACCAUGUUGAGUGUUUGGUGGCCCAUUGGCCAACUGAUUGGCAGUCUGCUUGCUUGGGCUUACAUCCCCAACUACAGUUGUACCGGUUACGAGGGUUGCACCAGGGAGAAGAACAUGGGAUGGCGCUACCUGGUCCUGACUCUAGGUGCCAUCACCUUUUUCCUGCUUUCUCGCGGUCGCCAGGACGAAGCCGUUGCAUCUGUGCACGGAAUCGCUUAUAAGAACGGCGCCAAGACCUGGUUGACCACCGAGAUCCUCAAUGAAAUCGGCGGCCACCCGGACGCACAGGAGGAAAAGACUGAGCUCACCUACGUCCAAAUUGUGGGUCGUUUCUUCUCCAAGUUCUCUAUGGAGCGCAUCGCUCCCUUAUUUUCCAGCAAGCGCAUGGGCAUCAACACCGCUCUCCUCUGGUUCUGCUGGACCACAAUCGGCAUGGGCUACCCCCUCUUCAACGCCUUCCUGCCUCAGUAUCUCUCCCAAUCCGGUGGCGAGACAAACUCCAACUACACCACCUACCGCAACUACGCCAUCACCUCGAUCGUCGGCGUCCCGGGCUCCAUCCUGGCCUGCUACACCGUCGAGAUCAAGUACAUCGGCCGAAAGGGCACAAUGGCAAUCGCCACGCUGAUCACCGGCGUGCUACUGUUCUGCUUCACCGCAUCUACCAGCUCCAAUAUCCAGCUCUUGUGUAGUUGUCUCGAGGCUUUCUUCCAGAACAUCAUGUAUGGUGUCCUGUACGCAUAUACUCCAGAGACCUUCCCUGCUCCCAACCGCGGUACCGGUACCGGCAUCUCCAGCUGCCUGAAUCGUAUCGCCGGUCUCUGCGCGCCCCUAGUUGCCAUCUAUGCUGGAAGUUCAAACCCCAACGCUCCGAUUUAUGCAUCGGGUGCUUUGAUUCUGGCGUCCUUCGUCGCUAUGUGUUUCUUGCCCAUUGAGACGAGAGGAAAGCAAACGCUAUAA